UUGUUGUUACUGCUGGUGGUAAUGGCGGCGGCGGCGGCGGCCCCCCGGACCCCGUCGCGUCUGUAGCCGGGGCGGAGGCAGCCGCGAGCGGACUCGGCGGCCUCGGAGCCGGCGGCGCCGCGACUCCCUCAGCCCCGCCGCCCCGCCGGCCCGGCCCCGCGCCGGCCCGCAGCCAGGCCCGUGUGCGCACGGGGAGCCGGGGCCGCAGGAUGGCGGACUUCGACGAGAUCUACGAGGAGGAGGAGGACGAGGAGCGGGCCCUGGAGGAGCAGCUGCUCAAGUACUCGCCGGACCCGGUGGUGGUCCGCGGCUCCGGGCACGUCACCGUAUUUGGGCUGAGCAACAAAUUCGAAUCAGAAUUCCCUUCUUCAUUAACUGGAAAAGUAGCACCUGAAGAAUUUAAAGCCAGCAUCAACAGAGUUAAUAGUUGUCUUAAGAAGAACCUUCCUGUCAACGUGCGUUGGCUACUUUGUGGCUGCCUUUGUUGUUGCUGCACACUGGGUUGCAGUAUGUGGCCGGUCAUCUGCCUCAGUAAAAGAACACGAAGAUCGAUUGAGAAGUUAUUAGAAUGGGAAAACAAUAGGUUAUACCACAAGCUGUGCUUGCACUGGAGGCUGAGCAAAAGGAAAUGUGAAACGAAUAACAUGAUGGAAUAUGUCAUCCUCAUAGAAUUUUUACCAAAGACACCAAUUUUUCGACCAGAUUAGCAUUUGCUUUAUUUAUAGAGACUUUCCAAGUAUGUUGUCUUUCCAAUGGUGCCUUGCUUGGUGCUCUCCUGGUGGUGACAUAACAUUGGUUCUACAGAAUCGUGUGGUGUUUUUUUCUUUUUGUUUUUGUUUUUUGUUUUUUUUUUAAAUAACCGCAUGUUCUAAGUAUGCAUUUUUGUCAAACUUUGCAACAGUUAUUUCAUACAGAUGUUUAAUACUUAAGUUAUUGUGCUCUUUUCUGUUAUGUAUUCUGAUUUUCAAAGAUUACUUUUUUGUAUUAUCAAAAAAAUACAUUUGAACUUAGCAUAAAAAGUGGCCAGCCUUUUUUAUUUUAUCACCAAGGUACACACAAUCCUUUACUUAUAAAUUCCUUAACAUAGAAAAACACCUUUGUAAGGCUCUAAUCUAUUCUAGCAAAUUGUACUGUUUAUAUUAUUUUUUCUUCCUUUUAAAAUUUAAUAUAGUCAUUAUUUUAAAAUAGUAAGUUUUCUUUAUAGCCUUUUGGAACCUAACAUAACCUUUGUCAUACAACUCCUUAUGCUGUUUACAGCAGAUAUAUCUGUAACAUUAUGAAGACCUAUCAAAAAAAUUUUUUAAGUAUUUCUGUCUUCAAAGGUAGUAAGACAGGAUUAAAUUAUUUUUAUUAGAAUAGACAAGUCAAUGAAUGAUAUGCAUGCAUCUAAUGGUUACUAGAGCUCAGGAUCACAAAAUAUAGUAACAUCACAAUCUCUGUAUAUUUUUGAUCAAGAUGUUAUUAAUAAUGGCCUUACUUGGGUUAUUUUUAUUGUUUAUCAAAUCUUACAUAUAAAAGAAUGGAAGUAUUCCUCUUAAAAAAUUUCUAAGGAAAAUAUUUCUCCCAGUCUCAUACAAUUAUAGAAUGGAUAUAUGUUUCUGAAAAGUUUUUGAAAGAAAGCAAGAGUUCUAGAAUUAAAAGAAGCUGGUGUUUAAUACCCCAUGAUAUUUAGAACACAUUGUUACUAAGAAAUGGAGGAUAUAUUUAGUACUAUUUUUAUCCACUAGUUUACUUUCAGUCCUUUUUUUUGAGAAGGUGACAUAUAAGUUUAAAUCAGAUUAGCUUAUUUCUUUUAAAUAUACACAUAAACACAUACCUAUGUUUUUCCUGCUUUUGGUUGUACAUAUCUCCAUGCAUUUUAAAACUUUAGAUUUGUGAAUGACCUAUGUGUAAAUUUUUGUUUUUAUAAGCCUGAAAUUAUACAAGUUUUAAUGUGUUUUAAGAACUUGUUCCAUACAACUGUGGUAUCGAGCAAUAAUGUGAAUAACUUUUGAAAUUAUAUAAACUAUGCUUAAUAAUUUGUAUUAAGAAUUGGUACCACUAUACAAUACUUUUUUUCCUUGUAUUAAAUCUUUUAAAUACCAGUUUCAUUAAUUUAUAUACCUGUAUUUUUUUAAAGUAUUUCUUUGUACUUCAAAGUACUGUAAUCCUAUAUAAAUUUGAAUAGUUAAAUGCCAUUAUCUCAUGUCCUAUAUCCUAUAUUGGAUAUUAGGAACUAUCUUAAAAACUAGGAUUUAAAAAAAAUUUUUUUUUGUUUGACAGUUGUUUCUGUUGCCCCCCAAAUAACAACUUGAAUUUAUAGAACACCUUUCUUGUGAAGAGCUCAAAGUACGAAGAUUUCAAAUACUUCUCACUUUAUUUAACUUGUGUCUAGGGUGUGUCCUAUCACCUUGAAGUAGUGCAAUUAAUUAAAAAUAAUGCUAUCCAAGAACUCAAGUAUUCCUCUGUGGCUUCAGAAUGAAAAAUACUAUAUUCCCAUAAAAUUCUAAAUCUGCCUCACGAUUCAGAAAGAGCAGAAAAAUACAAUGACUGUGUAGACUAUGCAGCACAGUGUUCCCUGUGUAAAAAGUGUGUAAAUCAUUCAUAGAGCACCAUAUUGAUCAGCUUUAUGAGAAGAACUUGCCUAUUUAGAUAUCAUUUUUAUCCUAUUACUAGGCUUCUGUCAAUUAUUUUUAAAUUAUUGUAUUUCUGCGAGAAUAUUUUAACAGUAAGAUAAUUUUCACAACUGAUAAUAUUAAGCAUAGAAUUUUAAAAAGGUUUUCUGACUUUAUUAAGAGAUGUGCCAUUUGCCUAAAGAUUCCCUAUAAAUGUGCAUUUCUAGUAUAUAUAUAUAGAAAAGAACCUUGAAUGCUUAAUACGUGGCAUUACCAUAAGCCAGUUAUGCCUUGAGCAGUUAGAUUUUCAUGCUCGGUAGCCUACAGUAUAAUUCUCCAGCUGAUCCUUUCUUAAAUCAUGAAUUUAAGUGCCCAUGUUACAGGAAAUCAGAAAUGUUGGAGAUGCCUAUGUUAUGUUAACAUCAGUCCAAGGAAAUAUUUAAAGUGACGAUUGUUGUUAAGCUUCUGUUUUCUGACUUAAAGUUUGUAGGACAUGAACUAUAGUGCUUUUUAAACUGACCAAGGAAAAAUAUUAUUGGCAGAAAAUCUAAUGUGUAGAUUUUGCACAGGCUAAGUGAAUAACUUAACAAUCUUUUUUAUAUGUUACUGGCAUUUUACAAUCAGUCACCAUUUUUGUGCAGAAACAUUCUUUUCUCAAAUAAUGUACUUGGCAAACCUUAUUAUAUUUUAAUACAUAACUUUGGUUAUCUGGGUUAAAUUGAUACUCCAAAACCUAAUGACUGUAGUAAAACUGAUGUGACACAUUUAGCUUCUAAGGUAGACAGUGCCUCUCCCUCACAAGGGAGUCAACUUACUUAUCUAAAAUGAUCAUCAGAUGUCUUAUUAAGACUCUUCAAUGACUAGGUUUCAUUUAUUUAGAAUAUAAACAUGUAAUUUUGGCCUAAAAUCAACAAAAUAAAUGCAACAAAUCCUUGAA